AUGGGGGAAAGAAGGCAGGAGCGGAGCGAGGAGAAGAUAUUUCUUACCUGUGGAGGCAGGAGCGGAAAGGAGAUAUGGAGAGUAUCUGAAAAAAUGUUUCAUUUUCGAUGCUAUGGUGGCCAAUUUUUAACGUCGCUCAGCAAAGGAAAUGCAAUAUUAGCAACAGCAGACAUACCCACUGUUUCAGAAACAUUUAUAGUUGAAAGAAAUGACACAAAGGUCCACAUUAAGCUCCUGAGUGGCAAUUAUUUGCAGGCUUCAGAAGAUAAUGAGCUCACGACGGACUAUCAUGGUAAACCAGGGUGGGAUGAUAAUGCUGCAACAUUUGAAAUGGUGAUAUAUGCGAACAAUUUGCAUGGAGAUUUUCAGCUUGCUAAUGGAUAUGGACAGGAUAAAGCUAGAGAGAUUCUAAUGAACCACUGGGACAAUUUUGUCACUGCUGAAGAUUUUUCUUUCCUAUCUGAGCAUGGCAUAAACACUGUCAGAAUUCCUGUUGGAUGGUGGAUUGUAGAGGACCCUGAUCCUCCACCUCCAUUUAUUGGUGGAACCUUGGCAGCCCUUGACAGAGCAUUCUCGUGGGCACAGGUCUACAACAUCAGGUGCAUUAUUGAUCUCCAUGCUGGUCCUGGUUCCCAAAAUGGAAUGGAGCAUAGUGCUAGCAGAGAUGGUUCUGUAAACUGGUCGUCACCGGAGUUCGUCUUGCAGAGUCUGGAUGCCAUUGAGUUUUUAUCUGCAAGGUAUGCAGAUAAUCCAGCUCUUUUGGGUAUUGAGCUAUUGAAUGAACCUUCUGCAGCUGCAGUUCCAAUCGAUAUUUUGAUAUCUUAUUACAAAAGUGGUUACCAAAAAGUACGGAACUAUUCUUCUACUGCUUAUGUUGUAGUUUGUCAAAGGAUAGGCAAUGCAGAUCCCAUGGAGCUAUAUGAAGCAAACAUUGGGGAUAAAAAUGUUGUGGUAGAUGUACACUAUUAUAACCUAUUUGAUGCUUAUUUUAAUGAUCUAAAUCCAUUACAAAAUAUGCAAUUUAUUUACAACAGCAGGAGGCCACAGUUGCAGGCGCUAAAUAGCGCAAAUGGACCUCUUGUUUUUGUAGGUGAGUGGGUGAAUGAGUGGAAUGUGACAAAUGCCUCUCGGAUUGAGUAUCAAAUAUUUGGAAGCACUCAAUUGGAAGUUUACCGUAGUGCCACUUUUGGUUGGUCAUAUUGGACCCUCAAGAGUGAAGAGAAACAUUGGGACUUUGAGUGGAGCAUUAAGAACAAAUAUCUUGUGCUUGGUAAUUCUCAGAAGAAUGGCAUCGGUAACUGCACCGCGCUCGUUGUAUCAUUUUGGGCAAUUAUUUUGGCUUUCUAUGGAUCCUUAGUACCAUAAACAAUACGCAUGGAGUACAUCAGAACGUUGCAGAACAAAUACAUUAACAUCGAUUCUUUUUAAUUGUUAGUUUUGCUUUUCUUUUGCGGCUUUUGUCCUGAAUAAAUUUUCAAAUUAAAAAUAGAAUAUUGAAAG